AUGAUAAGCAGUUCAGACGACACGAAAUUCAGAGAUCCAUUCAGCAACGAACAAGAUAUUCAACCGCCACCAGUCGACGAUGGCGACACUAGAAAGCGCAGGAACUCAACUCUCAAUCAAUCUAAGGCCGACAUACCAUCCGCAAGCACCACUAAUAGGCCUAGACGCAACUCACAACUACGCACGAGCCAGGGUGUACCAAUAGAGGGUGCAGAAGUGAACUCAGCGAUAGAGGAAGACACAGCCGUCGAACCAGACGUAUCUGAGGUAGGCAAACCACGUAUAGGCAGCGGUGGCCCCCAUAGAGGCUCCCUCGUUGGCUCAGAAGUGAGGGAUUCAAACGACUGGGCGACAGGCGCAUUUACUAGAAAGUAA